AUGGCAUCUCAGCCUCUCAUCGCCAUUGUCGGCGCAACAGGCGCUCAGGGAAGCAGUGUUCUCAGCACGUACCUAAACACGACCUCCUGGCGCAUUCGAGCCCUCACACGAAGUGUUUCUUCAUCCAAAGCCAAGGCACUUACAGAAAGGUCUUCUCGAAUUGAAGUUGCUGAGGCCAACCUCAAUGAUAUUGCUUCUCUUCGUAAAGCUUUCGAGGGUGCUAUAGCCAUCUUCGGUGUCACUGAUUUCUGGACUCUCAUCUCGGACGAGAGCAAUAAAGCCAAGGUAAAGGAUGGACAAUCGUUCGCAGAAUGGGGCGCUGAAAUGGAGGUCCAACAAGGCAAGAACAUUUUCGAAGCAGCGAACCAGGUCUCGUCCCUGAAACGAUUAGUAUUUAGUUCAUUGACCGAUAUAACCAAGUGGUCUGGUGGAAAAUAUACUUAUGCUUUGCAUUUCGACAGCAAGGCUAUAGCACUCAAGCACGCUGAGGAGCACUUCCCGAACGUAUAUGCGAAAACAAGUAUUCUUGUAGCGGGAGCAUACCUGGAGAAUUUCAAGCAAAACCCUUUCUUCAAACCUAAGCUGGAGGGAGAGGCACUCAUAUUCAACUCGUUCGGAACAGGAAACCGACCUUGGCCUUUCAUAGCUGCCGAAGAAGACACUGGGCCGAUCGUCAAAGCUCUGAUCGAGCUACCCGCAGGUUUACGUGUCGCUGCUCAUCGUGAGUUGAAGGUAAUGUCCGAUGUCGUCCAGCUUAUUGGCAAGGCGGCAGGCUAUGAGGUCAGAUUGGAGCAGCAGGAAUUUCCUCUGCCAGACGACCUCAAGAAGGAUCUGGCAAACAUUUUUGGCUUUGUGAACGAGUUUGGUUAUUGGGGCAACGAUCCAAGCAUAAAGCAACCCGAAGAGCUAGGAGUAGAGUUGCGACUUGGCAGUAUUGAGGACUGGGUUAAAGCGCAGGAUUGGUCGAAAGAGCUCAAUGGUUGA